AUGAUGAAGAGCACAAGGAUUUGCUGGAAUAUAAUGAGCCACACUACGCAGGCAUCUUUGCAAUUGAACUACUCUUUGGUCUUGCAUUAUCAGUAUUUAAGAAAUACAGUUUGCUCUGUAGCGGCAAGACUCCAGCUUUUUGGUUGCUACAUGCUUUAUGGAGUUGCAGGAUUUUCUCAAAUCUCUUGGAUGGAAAUGCUAUACAAGACAUGCAGUGGAAAGAAUGUUGGAGGGGCUGGAUAUGUGGAAAAAAGAAAUAGUGCAUUUUCUUCACUGGUGAUGUGGGCUCUUCUGACUGUGGAGUGUGAAAAAUGCUCUUCAGAUAGCUCAGGUUGA